AAAUUAUUAAAAGAAAUGAUACUCCAGUUUCUAUAAAUUUAUCUGUAAUAGACAUACUUGAAGGAGGUAUUAUUAAAAAAGACAAUAGUAUGAUUUCAAACAAUGUGAUGGAAAAAAAUGAUAAUAUCUGUAUGAUAAAGAUACAAACAACAAACAAGAAAAGUUUAACCAUUUUUGUUAAACGAAAUGAAAAUUUCAAAACUUUAUUAGAGAAAUGUGCUCAAGAGUUCAAUAUUGAAAAAUCAAAAAUUAAAUUGUAUUUUGAUGGAGAAUUAAUUGCCAUAAUGGAUACACCUGAUUCUUUAGAAAUAGAAGAUGAAGCAUGUUUUGACCUUCAAUUUUCUUCCUAAUUAACAUAUUAUAUAAUUAAUGUUACAUUUAUUUAAAAAAAAUGUAUUUGAUGAACUUAUUUACAUAUAUAAAUAACAUAUAAUUAAUUACAUUACUUUAAUAAAUUAUUUAUUUUAAAAGAAAAUAUUGAAAAAAAUGAAUUACUUGAUUUCAAAUUGAUUAAUUUACAAUUUUUUGUAAAAUAUAUAAAUAUUGACCAUGAAAUUAAAAUUAUAAUAAAAAAAUGUAUGAUAUCCUAAA